AUGACGCGACGGACGACGCGACCGACGACGCGCGACGCGCGACGCCGGACGACGACGGCGACGCGCGCGACGACGACGACGUCAUCGACGGCGAAGGGAAUGGAUGAAGAAGAGUCCGCGCGGAUGCGAAAGGCGCUGGCGGAGGAUCUGACGCACCUGUUCGACGACGAGGGGAUCGAUCCGUCGCUGUACGCGAAAGACGUGUCGUUCGAGGACCCGCUGACGAAGUACGACUCGUUCGACGGGUACGCGUUUAACAUUCAGAUGCUGCGACGGGUGUUCUCGCCGACGUACGCGAUGCAUGAAAUAUAUCAGAGCGGACCUUGGGAGAUCACGACGCGAUGGACGAUGGUGAUGGGAUUGCCGACGUUUCCUUUCGCUUGGAGACCGACGCUGACUUUUACGGGAACGUCCAUCAUGGGGAUCGACGAGGAGACUAAGAAGGUGACGCGCCACGUGGACACGUGGGAUUCGAUUGAGAAUCAGAGGCAUCUCAGUGCGGAGGGCGUGGUGGAGGUGCUGAAACAGAUUUUUGAUUUCGCGCAGACGCCGGAUUUGGACACCCCAGGGUACGUGGUGCUGAAGAAGAGGCGCGAUUACGAAGUGCGACGAUACGAGCCGUACUUGGUCGCCGCCACGGGUCCGGGUCUGAACGUCAAGGAAGUGUCGUCGAGCAGCGCAAAAAUGAACGGUCAAGUCGCGGGCCAAGCUUUUAAUUCUUUGGCGGGUUACAUCUUCGGCCAAGCCAACGCGAGUGGGACGAAAAUGGAGAUGACGACGCCUGUGUUUACGAAGAACGCCACGAUGCAAUUUGUCGUGAGCGGCGACUCCGUGGACGCGCUCCCAGCGAGCACGAAUGAAAACGUAGUGUUGCGGGAAGAAAGUGGCGGUAUUUUUGUCGCUAAGAAAUUUUCUGGCGUCGCGACCGAGGAGGCGGCUCGUGACGUGGAGAAGCAGUUGCGAAAAUUGAUCGAGAACGACGGUUUGGAGGCGAGCGGCGCCGCCGCGUUGGCGCAGUACAACGAUCCAUUCACGAACCCGUUCCUCAGGCGAAACGAAAUCAUCAUUCCUGUGUCAAAUUUCACGAUGUAG